AUGACCCCAACGACGAGAUAUGUCUCUACCAUGUUUGAUACAGACAGCACCACAAAACAGGACUCGACGGCAUUUUCUACUGCUCCUAAUCUCAGCGAAUUUUUAUCUCUUCAAUCCACUGAGUCUUCUUCCACGGUUCUCGCCUCACAGACCAUGGCAUCCCCGACGACAAUCAACGGACACUCCUUCAACUAUCUCCUCAUCUACGCUCCUGUCUUCGCCUUCGGCUGA